AUGACUUCCAGAAAGAAAAUUCAGGCCCCAUGGCUGCCGAAGCCUGUCUGGUACAAUUUUCCUAUGACUAAAGGCCUCCGUCAUCACCGAACAGCAGUUGGAAUCAUAUUAGCUGCCGACAGUAAAAUGGAAUGUGUUUUCAUGAGUCAGUUUCUUGACCAAGUGCGAGUACGUCUACUCAACGAUGACCGUAAAACAGAAGGCAAUUUUGCCGUUAGAAAUUCCCAACCAGGUCGAGCAUCAACUGUCAGCGUUGACUCUGUAAGUGUUCCAUUCAUAGAUUGUGAGUACCUUAAAAAUCCUCCAGAUUAUAGUCGCGAUAUCAAUAUAAGCUAUCCAUCGAAUUCAAAAAUUCUUCCCAUCUUUCGUUUUGGAAACAAUUUAGAGGAUUUCUUCAAACUCUGGGAUACCCAAGAUGCAGAAUUUGCUUACGUAGAAUCAGAUUACUUUGGUCUCCUUAUACCGAAAGUGGACAAAGAGACUGCGAGGAAGCUACCUGGUGGCAAAAAUCUCAAUCACUUAAUUACUUUCUACGACCUUAUAUUUACUACCUACAGUGACUUGAUAGGGUUGUCAUUUGAAGAAACUGGUACCAAUAAAAACGUUAGAAACAGGUUUUUUCUGAAAGCUGACAAAAAUGGAUAUGGGUUGGCGUAUUACGGUCACGAGUUUACGGCUGUUAAUUCAGGAUCAAUGAAAUCCUUCUGGUUGGAUAUCAGUCCAACAAAUUGGGGGGCGUUGCAUGAAAUUGGUCAUGGACAUGAAUUACAAAGUAUAGGCGAUGAAACAUUAUCAGUUAGUGAAGUAUGGAACAAUAUUCUAUGCUUCUUUUAUCAGGUCAUCGCGUUUGGUAAAGAUAUGCCAUGGAAAGGUUCGAAACAAAAUGAAAUGAACCUUGCUGGAAUACUCAGAAAAGAAACCGAAGUUAAAAGUUGGGAUUUAAUACAGAAAUUGUCAUUUUUGACGCACAUGUUUUUUAAAGCUGGUCGGAAAUCUUUUACGCGUUUCAAUCAACUGACUCGCGAAGAAUUUGAUGACCGCCCUUAUUAUGCUAGUGGAACAUUUUUAGUAGAAAAACUAAUGCACUUCUUCGCAAUUGAGUUUGCUGUUGAUGUUUAUCCCUUUAUGAAACUGGCAAAAGCAGUAAUACACGAAGAAGAGCU